AUGAUAAAAAUUGUGAUACUGUUGUGCCUGGCGGCACUUGUCAGCUGUAAUCCAGCUGUCAAGCAUGACAGGGGCGAGGACGUGGAGAGGAUGAUGAUGAGGAAGAUGGAGGAGCUGAAGAGGACUCACAGUCUGAGAAUUUAUGGAGAUAUCGUCACUUUGGAGAAGCUGGAGGACAGUGGGGAGCCGAGGGCCAUGCCGGGAGAGGAUCCUCUGGUGGCCAGCAUUGAUCAGUUUCUCAACUCGAGGAAGAUUCGAAUCAGCCUCCCCAGUGACGGAUCCCCAGCGGAUUUUCUAGGGAGAGCGCUCGGGCAGAAAGAAAUUGAUAUUGAACUUAGGGGAUUGACGUAUGGGGCUUCUGAAGCGAGGACCAAGCUGAAGAGGAUGAUCGUGCCGAUCCUGCUGGCCUUGAAGCUGAAGGCCCUAAUAAUCCUCCCAAUUGUGAUCACAGUAAUCGGUCUGAUCGGUCUUAAGGGACUCGGGGCGGGCCUAGCAGCCUUGUUCUUAUCAGGAGCCGUGGCCCUCAAGGCCAUUCUGACGCCGCCACCGCCGUACCCCGCGGCGCGGGUGAGCUACGGCAUUGUGAAACCCGAGAUCCACCACGACCAUUGGCACAGAUCGCAGGAGGAGGUCAACCAGCCCUACCGAGGCUGGUCCCCCGAGUUCAACGAGGCCCCCUAUCCCUACCAAGAUUUGCCCUAA